UGCAAUUGGUUGCUUAUUAAAGGCCGAGUAGAAUUGUUUCCCCAGGAAUGUUUUAGUGCAAUCAAAUUUAGUUCGAAUAAGUACGCCAACAGCUGCCGCCGAAAGCAAUGAUGGAUCACUUAAACAUAAAGCUCGAGGUGCCGGAUUUGCCGUUGCCCCUCGGGGAGGACGGAUUGAUGAUGCCGACGGCCGACUUUCUCCCCAACGGCAACGAUCUGUUCCUCGGCGACGUCGAGGACGACGUUAUCGUGGUGCAUAUGGAUUUGCGCGACAAUUUAUCCUACCUCCGCGGACUGCUCGAACACCGGAUAGGCUACCCGUUGAAACACUAUGAAUUCUGGCUGCAGGGCACGACCAUGCUCGAGUCGCACAAGACCUUGGUCGACCAGUGCGUCCAGGGGGAGGGAUUGGUGCAGAUCAACGUUCAGCUGGACCCGGCCGAAAGGCGCAUAAACAUAGCGGACGUGCUGAAACCAACCGAUGAGGUGCUCGAAAAGUACCAACAGGACAUGGAGAAGGUGGCCAAGGAGACAGAAUCGAAGGAGGCAGCGAAACGCAAGGCACAGGAAGAAGAGGAGGUGGCGGCGGCGGCCGCAGCGGCAAUGGCGGCCAUCGCCGAAGUAGAAGCGUCCAUCAAGGGCACGACCAGACUCUCUACCGAUUCCCCGAAAGACGACUCCCUCGGCAAGGACGCGGGCACUGGUGCGGGCGCUAAGACCGGCAUGACUAAGGAAGCACAGGAAACGGCAAACGCGGUGGCGGCCAUUAUCAACUCGGUCAGUGCGGAAGAGCGCGAAAAGGAGCGCAAGAAGGCGAAAGAAAAAGAGUUUCGGGCAAGCGAGAAAUCUCAGGUCAGCGCCGCCACCGAGGAGGAAGCGAUGCACUUUCCGGAUAACUCCUUGGACGACUGUGACGAGUCGGAUAACGAGUUAGGGAGCGAGGAAACUCGGUCCCUGCCAUGGGUCUGCGAUCAUAUGUUCAAGCGGGAUCAGCAACGUUUGAACAUUCCGGAAGACCCGAAAGAGUGGACGGUAGCGCAGGUGAAACAUUGGAUCCAGUGGGCAGUGCGGACGUUCAAUCUGAGCGAUAUCAAGCUACAGGACUGGUGCAUCAAUGGGAAAGAGCUUUGCGAGCUGGAUCAAGAUGAGUUCAAGCUGAAAGUUCCCAACGAUCAGGGUGGUCUAUUUUGGAUGCAUCUGGAAAUGCUACGCCAAUAUAAGAUUGUCGCAUCGCUGCAGAAGCCAUCGGCGGAUCAGGAUGAUUUCGAUGUGAUGGCCAUACGCCGGAAAAUACCCAAGGCAACCGCCUUUGCCGUAGAAGCAAGCUUUUGCGGCAAUCGAACGGGAAACAAUGGACAGAUACAGUUGUGGCAAUUCCUCUUGGAAAUACUCACCGAUCGCGAACAUCGGAGCAUUAUACAGUGGAUUGGGACGGAUGGAGAGUUUAAGCUGUGCAAUCCGGAGCUGGUUGCCCAAUUGUGGGGCGAACGAAAGAACAAACCGACGAUGAACUACGAGAAGUUGUCGCGUGCCUUGCGUUACUACUACGAUGGCGAUAUGAUCGCGAAGGUGCAUGGCAAGCGGUUCGUGUACAAGUUCGUAUGUGACUUGCGCGAUAUGAUCGGCUACAAUGCGUCCGAGUUGUCGGCGCUGGUGAACGAUGGACCUCCCAUGGCAAUGGAACCGGAUGAGUUGAAAAGUUUUGAAACGGAUUUUUAUGAUUGAAUUCUAUUUGUAUUAUGUUCAUUAUGAUAUUGUAUUUUUUUUAUACUUGCUCUAUAGAAAUACACUUAUAUUUGGAUUAUAAAACGUA